GUCGCCGCAGGGUACGAAGACGGCGUGGUGGCACUUUGGGACUUGCGCCAACCUGGCGAGCCUCUCGCGUCACUGAGGGUUCAUGGGGAGCCGGUUAUGUGCUUGGAUGUGCGGGCGAGGUGCCGAGGACGUGGUACAACGGAAAUAUAUGACUUGGUUUCGGGGUCGGCUGACAACAAGAUCUCUUGCUGCGAAGUGCAGCCCGCUGAGGCCCGGCCGCUGGCCCUGGCACAGCAGCUGCCGCUUCGAGCGGCGGGUACGGCAGACGUACGCAUACGGCCCGACGGCAAGCUGUUUGCGUGUGGUUGCUGGGACGGUCGGGUGCGGCUCUACUCGCUGCGCCGGAGGGAACCGUUAGCAGUGCUGAAGUACCAUCGUAACCAGGUGACGGCGGUCGCAUUCAGCCCCGAAACCAUGAUGCUUGCUUCCUCCUCCCGGGACUCCACCAUUGCCCUCUGGUCGGUGUAC